GCUGUGUAACCCUUGCUCUCAAACGGUGUUUACUUUAAAAUUUCAAUCUUCUAGAAUUCAGGGAUGGCUUUAAACGUUGACAGUGGAGGCAAAGAAGAACUCAAGACACAGUUUAUAACUAGGGAAGGGACUUACCGGUUAAUGACACUUUCAGAAUACUCACGACCAAAUCGUGUUGGCUAUACUAAUAUUCAAGGGAGCACUUCUGUUAGAGUGUCGUUUGUCACAUUACCAGAUCCAAAUGGAAACGGUGAUAGGAUUUGUUUUAAUAUAGGAAGAGAAUUGUAUGUUUUCAUUUACAAGGGUGUGAAAAAGGCUGCUGAUUUAACUAAGCCUGUUGAUAAAAAGAUGUACAAAGGGACAAAUCCUACUUGUCAUGACUUCAAUACCACUAAUAUGACUAGUGACUCAGUUUCCCUUCUUGUAGGUUUUUCUACUGGUCAGGUUCAAUUGAUUGACCCUAUAAAAAAGGAACUGAGCAAACUUUACAAUGAAGAGAGAAUGAUUGAUAAAACCAAAGUGACUUGCAUAAGAUGGGUUCCUGGCUCUACAAAUUUAUUUCUUGUGUCACACAGCAGUGGACAGCUGUAUCUGUACAAUGAAGAAUUACCUUGUGGAACUUCACCUCCUAAUUAUCAGCCUUUCAAACAAGGGGACUCUUUCGCUAUACAUACAUGUAAAACUAAAAGCACCAGAAAUCCCUUGUAUAGGUGGGUGAUUGGGAAUGAAGGAGUUAGUAUAAACGAAUUUGCUUUUUCUCCAUGUGGAAGCUAUCUAGCCAUUGUUUCACAGGAUGGUUUUUUGAGAGUGUUUCAUUAUAAUACAAUGGAAUUAGUUGGGAGUGCCCGCAGUUAUUUUGGAGGAUUUUUAUGUGUUUGUUGGUCACCUGAUUGCAAAUAUAUAGUCGUUGGUGGUGAAGAUGAUCUAGUGACAGUAUGGAGCUUUGUGGAAAAGCGAGUUGUAGCUCGGGGGCAAGGUCACCACAGUUGGGUUAGUGUAGUCGCUUUUGAUUCAUACACUUCAACUUUUGCCAUUGGAAAACACCAAGAGUGGAAUGAAAACACCAGUCCUUCUGAAAAUAAAGUAGAUACCUGUUACAGAUUAGGAUCAGUUGGACAAGAUACACAGCUUUGCUUAUGGGAUAUUACCGAUGAUAUUUUGAGGCAGAAACCAUGUAGUAAAACCCGAAAUACAGUCGUUAGUGGUUCAGUUUCUCCCUCUAGCAAUUCAAAUAAGACAUCACAAAAUACAUGUGCAAAUAAAGAGAAAGAUGGUUUAGAAGCAAUUUCUAGUUUUACACAUAGACUUGGGAUUGGAUUUGAGAAGAAAGACAAUAUAGGACAUAAAAGGAGUCUUUCCAAAGGUACUACAUUGCAACUAACAAAUAAUUCUUCAGAUGAUCCUAUGAGGUUAAUUGGAACCAACAGUUGUCCAAGAUUUGAUGAAUGUCCUAUAAUGGAACCAUUAGUUUGUAAAAAGAUUGCUCAUGAGAGAUUAACUGCUCUAGUUUUUAGGGAAGAUUGCUUUGUUGCUGCAUGUCAAGAUGGGUAUGUUUACACCUGGGCUAGACCUGGUAAAAUGGUCAGUGAUGGUGAUUUUGUAACAUUUUCAUAAAAUUUUAUUAUUAAAUGUGUAUAUAAUUAUAUUUUUAAAAAGAUAGACUCACUAUUAUGUAAUGAUGUAAAUAGCUAAUUUCUAGUGAAAUAUUGUGUAAUCAUAAUAGAUUAAAUAUUUUUAGAUGAUUGCAUUCUUAUAACUACUCUUUCAUACCUAGGAAAUGUAGCUAAGAAUUUUAUAUUUAUUAUCUUAAGAUAAAAAGUUCAUAACUAUUGUACUCCAUAAUGUUGCUAGGAGGUACAUAUUUUGUUAUAUACUACCAUCAACUCAAUCGUGACAAUUUAGGAGUAUUUGUUAACUCGUUCACUGCCUUAAAUGUGCCUUGUACAAUUCUUGUAUUUAAUCAAAGAAUUUUAUGAUAUUCUUUGUUCCUCGUGUGUUCUGUUUUUCUUUUCUUUUCUUGUAGUGAUUAAAUAUCU